AGGAUUGUUGGUACUGGGAGUUUUUGGGGGCACCCAGAACUGGGGCAAGGAGCACCGCAACCGAGGGCAAAUAGGAACGCACGGAAAGCACCUACGUGUACAGUGCGACAAGUGACAAACGACAAUUUUCUAGGUUUUGACAUAAACGCCGGUUUUGUUGUCAUAAAAUUUUUCUUUCAAAGAUUUUGAAUUACGAAAACUUGAAAUUUGAAAUGGAGAAAAAACGGCUUGAACUUUAAUUUAUUACAAAAAUACAGAUAAUGUCGGAUAAACAUUACAUUGCACCAAUAUUUAUUGAAAAGUUAGAACAUAAAAUACCAGAAGUGAGGGAAAGAGCCCUAUCGUCUAUAAUCUCAAAGCUAGACUAUGGAUUUACAUUUGAAAAUGAACUGCUCAGUUAUAGAGAGCUUCUGGCAAAGUUAUUUAAUUGGUUCCUACUCGAGCCCUGCAGUAAUGAGGAAAAUGUUAUUGCUCUCAUCAAAAGGAUUUUACAAUUACCAAAAGGGAAAAUCAUAUUGGCACACUGUGAACAUGCCAUGAAAUUGGAAAUUGAUAAAAUUAAAUCGUACAUUCAUCCUAAAUUUCAUGAAAAAUUAGAUGACAUAUUUGAUACAAAAACCCAAGAAACUUCUGAAAUUGAUGUUGUACCAUCAGCAAGUCAUGAGCACUCUUCAAGUCGUAGCAGUAUUUCUGAUGUGCAACCACCAUCUAGUCAUGAGCAUUCUUUGAGUCGUAGCAGUAUUUCUGAUGUGCGACCAUCAUCAAGUCAUGAGCAUUUUUUGGGUCAUAGCAGUAUUUCUGAUGCGCGACAACCAUCAACUCAUGAGCAUUCUUUGAGUGGUAGACGACAACCAUUAACUCAUGACCAUUCUUCGAGCGGUAGCAGUAUUUCCGUUGGGCGACAACCAUCAACUCAUGAGCAUUCUUUGAGUGGUAGGCGACAACCAUCAACUCAUGACCAUUCUUCGAGCGGUAGCAGUAUUUCCGUUGGGCGACAACCAUCAACUCAUGAGCAUUCUUUGAGUGGUAGGCGACAACCAUCAACUCAUGACCAUUCUUUGAGUGGUAGCAGUAUUUCCGAUGUGCAAUGCUCUUCAGUUAGCACUGGCACUGCUACUGAUUUGUUAGUUCGGAAAGGACCUUAUUUGUACAUUGAACCAACACUUAUUCAAGACUUAGAACAUAAACUACCAGAAAUAAGAGAAAGAUCUCUAUAUUCUAUAAUAGCUAGAAUUGAGUGUGGAUUUACAUUUGAAGAUGAAUUGCCAUGUUAUAGAAAACUUCUUACCAAUUUAUUUAAUUUGUUCAUUACUGAGGCCGGUCGAUUUGAAGAAGAUAUCAUUGGCCUUAUCAGAAGUAUUCUCCAAUCACAGGCGGGAAAAACCUUAAUGGCCCAUUAUAUGCCUGAAAUUCAACAGGAUCUUAAUCGAAUUGAACCAUGUAUAGACCCCAAAUUUCAUGCAGAAUUGAAUGAUACAUUAUGUUCGGAAGCUUCUAAAAUGAAUAUCAUUAUUUGUGCUAGUCAACCUUCUACUGGUGGCACUACUGCUAGCCAUGCUACUCGACGUAACACUGGGAGCUGUGCUACUGCUUCAACUAGUGGUAGUGAGAGAUCGAUUCCGCAAAGAACUUCUGUGGAAAGCCAAGCCAGUUUGCCUCAAACGAGGCCUCAAACCUCAGAACAAGGAAGUUUCAAAUCUGACAAUAAUUAUACCUCAACAUGCAGCGCUGAUCUUAGGAGGUAUAUUUUGGAGUGGCAACCACUUAUUAAAUCAGAUGGAGCUAUGCUUAAAGCAGUCGAACAAUCUCUGAAGGACCCAGAACAUGUUUCUGAGCGAUUCAAUUCCUGUGCAUUUUUUACAAAUGUUUUAUUAUAUGAUUUUCCCACUGAAGUAUUUAUUCAAAGACCAGGCAUUAUCACUAUUUUCCAUGAAUUCUUAAGCACUCCUCACUCGUCGAGACUAACUAAUACAAUACUCCAGUGCUUGUUCGAGUUCACAAAAGCAUUAGGAAUAAGAAUUUAUCAAUAUCAUGAUAUAUGUUUGCAGAAUUCAAAGACCCAAGAAUUGUUUAAUUUAAGCUCAUACGACUGCGAUUCUGAAACAUCAUCCGAUAAUGGUGGCCUUGGCCAUUUUGAGUUGAUUCAAGAAACUAACAUUUUAAAGAGGAAACAGUUAACCAUUCCUGAAUAUUGUUUCCGAACCAUAAAUAUUAUUUUAAAAUGCAUGGUAACAAAAAAAGAAAGUUUAACUGAACAUAAGCCAAAAUUAAAUCAGACAGGCAUCAAUCAUUGCUUGACGGUCUUGGAUGAACUUAUAACCAUAUUAUGCAAAACUGUAGGUGCAGAUUUAUGGAAAGAAGAAUUAAAUUCAGAAAAUUUAGAUAUUUUUAAAGAAAUUAGCAACAGCUCAUCAUUACUUGGGGAUACCAUUGAAUAUUUCCACAUAGAAUCCACGAGUGUAAAAAGCAACUUAACAUGCAGAGCGAUUUACCUUUUUCUGACAUGUCUAAGUGUCAAAUGGUUAAUAAAUCUUAUACCCCCAUCAAAAACCAAGCUAAUACUUCCCAAAAAUUUUAAAGUAUGUUUGUGCAAUAGACUUUUAGAUGUAAGCUUGGGCCGAUUGUAUCCAAAAAUACAUAGAAGCUUACUUGGAUUUGUAGAGAGUUUUAGUACAGGACCUGAAGUAAACUGUCUCAAAAAAUAUGAAGACGUCAUGAAAGUUUGCAAUGGCUUAACAUCUUCAGUAAAAUUUAUCGAAAAUUCAGAUUCUCUAGUGACAGGGGACAAAUUUAAAUUGGCUUGUGAGGCUCUGCCUAGUCUGGAGUUCCACCAAAACAUGGAUUUUAUAGCUGGUUAUAUAGAUUUGUGUUCAAAAAAGUUUUUUAAAUUUCCAUCGAAUCAUGAACUAAACGGGAUGGCAAUUGAUACUAUACUUUUCCUUCUUGCUCAUCGUUUAAAUAAAAUCAGACAAGAAACAUAUCGCUUGUGUCAUAAAAUAGUUGCAAAAACCAUAGGCUUUCAGAUAAACUUAUCUCCAGACACAAUAUAUGGCUCUCAAAUAGCUUUUCUCCUUAGUUCUGCAGUUUUAACAGAAAUUGCUGUUUUUGGAUUAAUCAAUGUACAGGUUCAAAAAUAUGCUGAAGAAAUUUUACUUUAUAUACUGAAAUGCAAAAUGAUUGUUUCUGACCUAACAUGGAGCAAAUGUCUACAAGCUUUAAUACCUUCUUUACCAUUGAUUAUUUGUUAUUCAGCUAAUGCAACAACUCUGGGAAGGACUAUUGUGAAUUUUGUCGAUCCAGAUUCUGCCAGAUCUUUGGGAAUUUCUUAUAUAGUCAUGCUCAAAGCAAAUGUGGAAUUAUUGUUUUGCAAAGACUCAACUUUAAGGUAUGAAGCAUAUUCAAGAAUAUGCUGGUUAUUGUUAGCGCAAGAAGAUGCUAGAGAAAUGUUACCUAAAUUUGAUACGAUUUAUAAUGAAGAGCUUUCAAACGCCUUCAAUAUUGAAAAAACUUUGGAUGUCAAUAAAAUGAAGAGAUCAGUUCAUUUGUAUCAACCUAGUAGCCUCUUGAAAGUCUUAGACGUCUUGAAAUCCGAAGAUGUAGAUCCAUCGAUCAGGAGAUCUGCUUUAAACCAAACCAGUCUUAUGGCUGAAGAUUAUCUACUGCACGAUACUUUUCUGGAAUUGGGAGGCCUAGACGUAAUGAUUGAAAUUAUGGAAAGAGCUUUGACAACUAACGAUUCCAGAGAUACUCCUGACUCCGUUAUUCCCAUAGUUUCAACUCUAAGAACUAUGGCCCUGUAUCAUUCUAGUGUUAGGGAAUAUAUUGGACAAAAGUUACAUGUUAUUUAUUUAAUUCUAAGAGGUGCUUUUUUAUUCAUAAAUGAGGAUAGAAUGAAGGAAGAUGCUACAGCUCUAGUAUUUUUACUGAUCUUCAAAGAUUACAUCAUUGGCUCGCCUCUAAGUAUGGAUUUAUCGAUUCCUAAAAUUGUUGGUGAGACAUUAUUGGUGCCGUUUAUUUGUAAAAGACACAUGAUUGAUAGUAAACACACGAGUGAGGAUCUUUUUUCAAAAAUCAUUGAAGACCAAUAUAGCCUUACUUCAGUGCAAGUCCAAUGGAACGCCGCGAUUCAUGGUGGUUUUGAUAAUUUAAUAAACCUGAAGAACGUUCCCUCUCCAGUUGCUGCAAAUAUACAGGGCCAUGAAAUAUUGACUUUGAGCAAUAGUGAUUUUAUGCAAAUUAAAGAAUCUUCUUUGGACUUUUGUAUUAAAAAGUAUAUUUUUACUAUUCAAAGUGCCACGUCACAUGAAGCAGUACUAGAUUCUAUAACGAAGCUUACUUUAUAUGUGCAUCUUGGUGACACAUUAACCCAACUUGGUGAAGAAAAAUGUAUUGAAGUAGUUCGUUAUCCUUGGAAAAAAUCUUUUAUAAGAUAUGUCGAUUUUUUGCCAUCUGGUGAUGAUGAUAUUAAGAUAUCGGAAUCAGUUAUUAAAUUUUUAAUUGUCUUGGUGCCACUUUUCAAAGAUCCAGAACCCUGCUGGAUCUCUAAAUUUCUCAAAAACCCCAAGAAUCCAUUAUUAAAUUCAUUAUCAGUUGAAUACUGUGCAGAGGAAAAUAUAAAAACGCUAGGUCAAGCACUCCUCAAACUCAUAACACUUUGUGUUCUUCGUGAAUCUGAUCAUUUAAAUUCUAGUGCUUCAAAUAUUGAAUUGACCUCUGAUUGGGGACAUGUGAUAAGGAUUAUCGGUCAAAAUUUACAAUCCGAGGAUACUCAGCGUUUUAGCAAUUUAGCGUAUUUGGUUGCCUUAUUAUCGUGUUUAGUAAAUUUAACAUCCAAAUUAGGCUGGAGCCACUGUAAGCCUGAUAAUCCACCCAAAGAACCGAUACCUCAACUUAUUUUAAGUCUAUGCGAUUUAUUAGCAUCAUUCCAUUCUACCAGAGGAGCUUCUACCGGUGUAUCUGUAAUGGGUAUAAGUGUUUCAAGAAAUAUAAUCCUGACUUUGAAUCAUCUCUUGGCCGAAAUUUUCCAUUUUAAAGUGAAGAAAUGGGAACGAUGCUUCUUCGAACAUGAUGAAAUACGGAGAGCAAGGAAGAGUUUUUUUUCUGUCUGGACUAGCAGAGAUGUUAUUUUAAGAGCCGCAGCUGUACAAUUAAUUUCAAAUUUAACUACUUCUUCUAAAGCAACUGACGAAGUACUAAAUGACUUUGAACGCUACAAAGCAAACAUUUGGGAACUUGCCCUAAGGAUAAUAAUUGAUUACGGAGAAGCAGGAGUAGUCAAAGAAAAUGCAGCAUUGAUACUCGCCAAUUUAAGUAUUUAUAUUUCAAGAAAAACACGCUCAGGUAGUAUGCCGUCACUUUUCUUUAUACCAUCUUGUGAUUCAAGAAGUCGAAAGGACAAAAUUAAAAUCACGAAGUUCUUGGAAGACUAUAAUUUUUAUGAUCACGUAGGACUCGUUUUAACGCCUGCAUAUGCAAGGGAUUGUGGCGACCAUGGAGAACGAAAUGUUUUAACUGAAGAUCAAGACUCAAUAAUGCAAAGUGUUUUUAGCUCGGUUGUCAGUUUAAAUGACGAACCUCAACUAACUCCUCUUAACUUAUACACUCCAGGUUUUAUGAAAGCCUUUUGUAAAUUUUUAUUUAAUAUGAUUGAUUUGGCUCCAAAGGAGAUUUGCCAGAUGAUUCAUGAAAGAGGAUUUGUCAAAUUAAUUUGCGGGAUAAUUUGCUCUCCUUCAAAAACGGUCGACGAUAAAAAGGAGCUAAUAUUCAACUGCAGCUUAUUGGAGAUGAAUACAGCAGUUUGUACUUGUUUAAAGAGAAUUUGUUUAGUGAAUAAAGCAAGUUUAGUUACUCUUUUACAUUCCAGAGAGUCUUUAAAUGCAUUAUUUUCUUUGCUGAACUCAAAAAACUAUGAAACUUAUUUAUCCCCAUUACUGUAUCUGAGAAAUAAUUUGUGGAGUGAAAUUUUUAAUCUUAUAACUACGUUAUUAGAUGGCUUCGCUGAACAAAAAGUUACCUCAAAAAGCAUUGAUGCCCUUUCAAUGAUCGCUGACACGAUUACAGAGACUGGAACUGGUGUAUUUCUAGGUACACUGUGUGAAUCUCUGGGCUCUAUUGGAACAAGCCAUCUUCAGAAUUCGUCAUUAGCUACCCUUGUAGCCUUACUUCGUAUAGAGUGUGCCAUAGCUUUAAACACAGGGGAAAAUUCUAUUCCCAAAACACACUCUAUUGAAAGUCUGCUGGACACUGUUAGAAGCCACAAGACAAUCCUGAUAUCUUCUCUCAAAGAGAACACUGAGCUUCAAGAAAGAAUUGACCGAGCAGGAAACAGCAAAACUUAUAAAAAAAACCUUCUAGAAGAAGCAUAUUUUGGUGAAGCUGGUCAACUAAGAUCUAACCAGCAACAAGAAGGCAGCGAGAUUAGUAUUAUUGAUAGUUCUGAUGAUGAUGCCUCUAUGACAGGAGCAGAGUUUUGUAAAAUUAUACUUUAUUUGUUUGAUAUUGUCAACAUUAAAUUACAUUUGGACAAUAUGGGGACGAAAAGAUAUUUGGUCAAUGCCGCAUUAACAGGGCUUCUAUGUAUUUCCCAAGAAGCAAAAAAGCUAGCUGUACAAAAAGGCGUUAUGAAAACUAUUGUAAAAGAACUAAGAGACUAUCAUGUAAAGUUGAGCUUAGAGUCCUUUGACAAUCUUCGGAAAGUACAAGAUAGAAGAAGAAUAUGCCCAAUGUUGGAAAAAAUUGGCUAUUUCAUUGGAUUGGCAACAAACUUUAUGUUGAAUGCAGUAGAUGUUAAAAAGUUGGCAGCUAGUUUGGAUCUGGCAGAUGUUACUCAUAAACUGUGGGUGUGGUUUUCAUAUCAAAACGCAAUGAAUAAUGUGCUUAAAAUGUUAUCGGUUUAUACUUUCCAAUGUCCUCAAGCUUGCCGAACUCUCCUAUUUACCAACCCAAACGUAGGAUCUGGACCAAGGAGGACUUUGGGCACUGCAUCUCUGUUGCAUUGCAUUAUAGCUAUAAUUUUGAAGCAAAUGGACCAAAUUAAUCAAACUCACGAUCUACACGUUUUAGAAUUAGCUUUUGACAUAUUGCAAAAUUGCUGUGAUUUGAUUGAGUGCCGACUUAGAAUUUCACAGAGUAAUUUGUUCCAAGCCAUCAUGAAACUUAAUCCAGCAGUAACAAAACGGAAGCACCCAUGGAGUAAUGUGGAAUUGCUGUGGAUAAAAUUCUUAAAGACGUAUACAUACUAUCCAGAAGGACAAACUGCCCUAAUGAAAGAUAUUGAUACAUUAGAGGUAGUCAUAGCAUUAACUAAGUCCAAUAAUCGCCAAGAUGCCUUAUUGAUUCUGAGAAAUGUGUCAUUCUAUCGCUCAAAUAAAACCAAAUUGCUAUCCUCAAGAGCUUUUCUGAACCUUCUACAAACCAAACUGGCAAAUGGCACUCGAGAUGAAAAAAGGAUGAUUUUAUCAAUUAUGUGGACCUUGGCAGCAAACUGCCAAAAAGCUAAAAUAAUUUUUAAAUCGGCCCAUCUUGACGUGAGACUGGAAAAUACCAUCAAAUGUACUGAACUGGUCGAAAAUUCACGUGAAGCCAUGGAAAAAGAAGAUUUGGAUAUGAUGUAUGUAGUUUUGAGUGUCUUGAGAGACAAAGAUAAAAUCAGGAAGAGAAAGAAGUGAGCUUUAUAAUAAUGUAAAGGUGUUUCACGUAUGCACUUUAAUUCAUUCCCUAGUAGUUGAGCUAAUCUAAAAAACCCAAAUAGUCUCGAAUUUUGUUAAAAAUAUAAUUUUUUAUUUAUAUUUUCGUUUAAAUAUCCUGCAGAAAGUUUAUAAUGACUCCAUUUUUAUUUUCUAAAUUAGGUAAUUAGUGGAUGGUCAGCUUAAUCUGUCAAUGCAAAUAUUUUAUUAUGCAUUAAAAAAAAAACAAAAAAAAAGCACUAACAAAAAAUAACAUAGAUCCAUGUAAACUCUAAUUUUUGGUGAGUUGCUGGACGGUUUGAUUAACAACUGACAGAAGUUGUUAUUUGAAGAGGUUUAAAUUGUUACAAAGUUAGGGCGAAAAUAGUUCAAUGCUCAAUUUUAAUCAAUUCUUGAGGAAAAGUGCCAAGAGUUACGUGGAAUACCUUAGAUUUUUAGAUAGAUUUUAGUAGUUGUUAAUUUUUCCUUUUAAAUUAUAAAAACACAAGUGAUGUAAGAAUGAGACAUUUUAUGAAACUUUUAAUUUUUAGACUGGUGUUUAGGAUAAAAAUGAGACAAUGAGUUUUCAGGCCGCUCGAAGAGCGCUCGCGAUAUAGCACGCGAUGCUAAGACGGCCCUGAUGCCGAGCCUAAUCCAAUUUGCACUUACUAUAUUUUAUCAAGUCGGAUUUACUUGUUUAUGUAUAGAUUAUAUUAACGUUUAAAUCGAUAUGAUUGUAGAUUCUAUGAUGUAUUGAUUUUAUUCUGCAACAUUUUCGUCCCAAAAUGGUGCUAUUUGGUAGUUGCUAAUCAUACGACUGUCUCAUUUUUACCCAUAAUUUUAAUUCUCUCAUUUUUGCAACAUUUCGCCUUAGUGAUAAUAGUUGUUGUUGUAAUUUAUUAAUAUAUAUUUUUUUAAUUGAAC